UCUUACACGUCACAUCUCUAUGCUUUGCAUUUCUAUGACCCCUAGGGGAUGGUCAGCUUCUCUGCGAUGCCCCAAGCCCUUUAUUCUCUUAUUUAUUGCCAAUAGCCGCUUUCUCUUACCGCUACUUCCCCUCCUUCCCUUCACACCCAACCUCCUCCUCUUCAUCCCCCACCCUCCCUCCUCUUCUUCUCAUUCUCUUGCUAUACGUACCUAAUAACUAACCCCAUCUUCAUUAAUUCUCUCGGCGCCAUUCAUUCCUUGAUACAUAUUAUGGAUCAAGUUGAGAUUCCUGAGUACUUCAUAUGCCCCAUAUCGCUCCAAAUCAUGAAAGAUCCCGUCACUGCCGUCACCGGCAUCACUUACGAUCGAGAGAGCAUCGAGCGCUGGCUCUUCACCGCCAACAACACCACCUGCCCCGUCACCAAACAGUCUCUGCCGAUUGACUCCGACUUGACCCCCAACCACACCCUUCGCCGUCUCAUCCAGGCUUGGUGCGCUCAGAAUGCCUCCCUCGGCGUCGAUCGUAUUCCCACUCCCAAACCUCCCCUCGACAAGUUUCAGGUCCUCAAAAUCCUCUCCCACGUUCGCAGCCCUCACUUGUCUCUCAAAGCCCUCAGGCAGUUAGAACUUCUCGCUGCCGAGAACGAGAGGAACAAGAAGUCUUUGGUGGAGGCCGGUGUUCCCAAGGUCAUGGUCCUGUUCGUUUUGGAUUGUUUCCAGAAACGACGGCUUCGCGAGGGGCUCGAGGAGGCUCUCAGUUUAUUGCAGUUUGUUAAGGUUCCUGCGGAGGAAAUCAUGCUUCUCCUGCAGCAGAAUGACCAGGUUUUGGAUUCUCUCACGUGGGUUUUAGGCUGUGAAAUAAUGGAGAACUCCGUGAUUCUCAAGUCCCACGCGAUCGCAGUGCUCAAAACGAUCGUGCAGAAGGCCGGUUCCGGCAUUAUGGAGAGGCUGAAACCCGAGUUCUUUGCAACAGUAGUGAAAGUCCUGCGAAACGGAAUAACCCUGCAAGGGAUGAACGCUGGCCUGAAAGUGCUGUUAGCAGCUUGUCCGUGGGGAAGGAAUCGCGAGUUGAUGGUGGAGGCCGGUGCAGUGCACGAGUUGAUUGAGAUUGAAUUAGGGACGCCGGAGAAGAGAACAACGGAGCUGGUAUUAGGAAUACAGUUUCAUCUGUGUUCUUGUGCAAAUGGGAGGGCCCAGUUCGUGAGUCACAGAGGCGGCAUUGCUGUGUUGACGGAGAGAAUAUUGAAAGUAUCGCCGGCGGCGGAUGAACGAGCCAUAUUUGUUCUGUCACUGGUAUCAAAGUCGUCUGCAUCGCACAUGGUGAUCCAGGAGAUGGUCCAACUAGGGACUUUGUCGAAGCUUUGCAUGUUCCUUCAGGCCGAUCAUCCGUCGUAUCUAAAAGACAAAGCAAUGGAGAUACUCAAGUCCCAUUCUGAGGUUUGGAAGAACUCUCCUUGCUUUCCUGGAUCUUUUAAUGCGAGUUUGCACAGAUGAAUAUAUAUUGAAAUUAAUAAUUCCGUCAACUUCAGGCUAAUUAAUUAGUAAGUGAUUGAAAAUUGUGAAUUUUUAAAAGCUCUCUCUCUCUCUCU